AGUUAAACAUAGAAACCACGCAGUUUUGCACCAAAACAGAUAGCCACGAUUUAUCGUAACACCAUCAAACCUUAAACUGCGUAUUUCCGAAUGCGUUUAUGUUUAUGUUGUAGCAUCGUUAUAACAAACGGGUAAAUUUUUAUAAAAUCCUGCCGACGCAGGUGCUCGCAUGUCAUAGCCUACAUCACCAUGGCGGAUCCGGGUCCAAGUACAUCUCAGGCAAACCGUUCAACAUCCCAACAGCAACGACCACAACAACCUCAACAACAGCAGCAGCAGCAGCAGCAGCAGCAACAGCAGCAACAACAGGAAGCAAAACAAAACGCACGAAAGCGAAGGCUUUCGAUGAACCGGAAGAAGGGAAACAAAAAAGGUCCCCGUAAAGCGGAGGAUAUGGAGGAGCAACCGAAUGCACUGCUCGAAUCGUUGCUCCAAACUUUGCGCACCUGUCCCGACGGAAAAGAACUUCAAGCGCUCGUAAGCGCCUUGCAACCAUCCGGUCGUGAUGUGGAGAUGGCGUUGAACAGUGUGAAAGAUGACCUAUUGCGUGUGCUGACGUUUUCCGACAAUCAACCAUCCAUUUACGAGUUCGGUUCGAUAAAGUCGGGGCUGUUGUUGCGAGACAGCGAUCUGGACUUUUACGUCCACUUCUCGCAGGAGAGAAACGAACGCGAAGAGCAGAUCAAGCUGAUCCACGUCGUUUGUGGGCGCAUGGAUCGGAUUCGUACGUUCAAGGACAUGACGAAAAUACUGGGCGCCAAGGUGCCACUGCUGCGGGCGGUGCACGUGCGUACGAACCUGCAGUGUGACAUCAACUUUAGCAACGCGCGCGGAUGCUACAAUAGCAAGUUCAUCCACGCGGUGAUGCAGUUUGACCCACGGAUCCAUCAGCUGGCGGUGGUCGUAAAGUUUUGGGCUCGCUGUGCCCACGUCCUCACGGUGCACAAGCAGAUGAACUCCUACUGCCUGGUGAUGAUGUUGAUCUUUUUCCUUCAAACGCGCAAACUACCCGUGAUCCCGUCGGUGGAGGACAUGCAGCAAGGCAUCCAGCGGAUCAACUAUGGUCCGUGGAACUUGGGGUACCCGGUGCAGAUCAAGUACAAAACGUGGAACGUGAACACGGUGCGGGAGCUGCUGGUGAGCUUCUUCAAGUAUUACUCGGAGUUUGAUUUUGCCAACAAUCUCAUCUCCCCGUUUGUCGGAAGGCUCUGCUCGCUGCAGGAGCUGGAAAAGAAAACGAUACGCGAGCUGGCCACCUACUACCGGGCAGUGGAACGUGAAGACUAUCCGGAGAUUUCUUGUGGACCGUUCGUCACGAUACAGGAUCCUUUCGAGUUGAAUGUGAACGUGGGAAAGGUGUUGCGCAUGAAAAUGUUGUACGAGCAGCUGACGCUUAGCUUCCGGCAUGCGUACGACGUUUGCCAGACGCAUCAGACCAGUAAAUUUUCCGACCUCCUGAUAGCCCUCUUUAGCGACACGAAGCGGUACCAGAAAACGAAAGACGAAUCAACGAAAAAAUCCCCCACCAACGCUACCCUUCCGUCCACUUCCGGUGCUGGCGGUGACCAGGUGAACGGAACGAAUGCUGGUUCCUCUGUUCGCCCGGGCCCGAGCACAGGUAAACCGAACGCCCAGGUCAACAACAGUUCCUGGCACAUGUGCCGCCUUCCACCGAUCGAGUACGAGCUGUUCCUCGUCAAGGAGAUCCUGCUUGCCCGUGACCCGGAGCGAAAGGUGAUCAUCACUGAUGAGCGCAUAAGGCAGCUGUGGGGUGAGUGUAUGCUCGACUUCAUCGUGGACAUUCUGCGCAAACUGUACAUGGUCAAACUAGAACCGAUCGAAGACAACGACAACGAGCCCACCAACACGGGAAGCAAUGCUCUAUCGCCGACCGUUUUGCGGUUUCAAAUGUCCUGCGAACGGCAGGUGUUCAUUGCCCGCAAGCGUGUUAACAUCGCGAACGAGGCGGAUCUGAAGCAGGAAAUUGAAAUCUCCAAAAUGCGCUGGGAAAAGAACCACGGGUUGCGGUUUAGUACGCGCGUCGAUCUGACCAUGGCCGACGGGAACGUCGAGAUGCGCAUACCGAGCGGACAACCGAAGAACGGACCGCUCCGGUUGUUCAUCGAUACGUGCUUUCUGGUGCACAUACGUCGAUGUAUUCGAGGCUAUUUUAUGGUGAUGUUGGAAAAAGCGAAAGCAAAAACGACGCUUGGUGCGCCGAGCGGAGGUAGUAAGCGCACGGGAUCCACUACCGGUUCGUCGCCAAGUGGUUCGGAAAAAGAUCCACCAGAAGAAUCGACAGCUGGUAGCGGUAACGAAGAAGUCGGUGAGGCUAACAACGUGGUGGCGGCGGCUAGCGAGAACACUUUGUCCACUAACGAGAGUUAGUAUUGGUAAUUCUACCAAGACGGUAAGACGCAUCCCUUUACCCUUUUGCGGGUAAAUGGUAUAAAUAGAUUUUAAGUGUAAAAAGGUGUGUUCAUCGUUACCUCGAACAGGAGAUAGUCACAUGGUUCAUGGAAAAAGAAAAACAAA